GAUCAAGAGAGCUCCUAUUGGGUGGUCCAUCGCAGUACAUGCUCAUUGGACAGAAAAGCAUUCCCUAUCCUAUACAAACACAAAUUGGUUGUCAUAUUGGCACCUCUGUAGAGAGUGCACACCGUCUGGUAUGGAUUUGGAUUGCACUCUUCGUGUACGACACUAUCCUUUUCAUCCUAACGGCCUCUCGCACCUUCCGCUAUUACUUCCAGGAACGACUUGUUUACAGGGUUCCCUUACUUUCGUUGAUGUUCCGUGACGGAGUCAUGUAUUUUGGGGUCCUGGCUCUAGCUACGCUGUCAAAUACCUUGACAUUUUAUGUCAGUAAAUGUCUGCCCACCUACCCAUCGAGCAAAAGUAAUCUAACUUCGGGAUUUUAUAGCUGUGUGGUCCAUUUAUGCGAGGCGGUCUCUCCUCUUUUGCGAGCUGCUUAUCGGUGACCAUGAUGUGCCGCCUCAUGCUCAAUCUCCACGCUACAGCUGAUACAGGCUUGACGACCACGCCAGGCGAUCAUCGUCGAGCACAAAUUGACUCCUCUGACACGGCGAUGGAAAUGGCUGGUGCUAGCAUGACGACAACCAACAUUGUUUUUGGCUCAGUGUCACCGGACGACUAUACCCAAGGAGAAGUAUAGUCCCAAUCCCGAACCUUGAAUAGGUUUGAGACGAAUGACAUUGAUAGCUGGGAUGUGUAUUAUUGUAUAUUAUAAUGGAUUUAGGCUAUCAUUCAGAGUAAUUCGUAUAUUGGUACAGGAGGCAUUCGGGGGCGGUGACGAUGAGAAUUAUGAUGAUCUACAUGAGCGGCAACACUGCGGGGGAUAUGUGUCUGCAUAUUAGGGAGGAAUUGUGUAUUGAUUGUGUUACUGUAGGUUUACGAGGCUGUUCAAGUGACCG